AUGCUCCAACCUUCUGACAGUUCGAUCAGAAGGUUUGCAACAGAGUAUACAGAACGUGGGUUCUCGAGGGAGUCCAGGCCGACUUCCUCCACCGCGCGAAUUCUGUCGCCGAUGCGAAUCGGACAGAAAUCUUUGAAGGGUGCGUCUUCGAACCGGGCGCGAACUUCGAUGGGCCCUCGGUCCAGAAGUUCCGACUCGCCUCCCUUUCGCCACAAGGAGUGA